CUGGAGCACGUAAAAAUUGCAGACUUCUCUGUUGCUGCCGUACGGAGGUGCCAUAGGAUGGGCCGCAAUAACAACGGGAGCAAACCACGACCAAUACUCCUCAAGUUAAGGGACGCGGAAGUUAGAGAUAGGAUUUGGUUCGAGAAGACGAAGUUGAAGGGUUCCGGCAUCACUUUGUCAGAAUUUCUGACGAAGACGCGGCACGACGCUUUCAUGAUGGCACGUGAGAAGUUCGGCAUCUCCAACUGCUGGACACAGCGAGGCGAGGUGUUUGUACUGGGUGCCGACGGUACCAAGCGCCGGGUUCUCAGCACACGAGAUGUUAUUGCGAUAGCUGAUUCUCCAGAGGGCCCUGUCAAGCACGUCGCAACAUCUCCAGCUUCUGUAUCGCCCGCCAUAGUCGCUGCUGCUGUACCACGAAAGAAGCGGGCUGUGGCAGUUAGGAAAUAGUGGUUGCAGGUGUAUUCCGAGUCCGCAUGGCUGCUUCACGGUAACCUUUUACUUUGUCCGUAUUCCAUAACUUUAGUAAUUCAUUCAUAUUAGAUUUUAUUUCAUGGCAAAACACGUAAAAUUUGACAAAGUUUUCUCAUUUACCUUUAUUUUUAUGCUUUAAAACUUAUCGUUGAACGAUUUUAACCGUUAUUACGUUUUUCAAUUAGUUUAUGACAAGCACUAUUUUCCCGUAUCAACUGUCACCUAUGUAAU